UAUCACUAUUUUAUUAUCACUAUUAAGCAUUUCCUAAAACCCAUUUCAUUUCUCACUCUCUCUCUUAAUUUAUUCAAACCUCUUUCUCUCUCUAAAAGUCACAAAUAUGGAGGAACGACAGCCCGACCAAGAACAACACUGCCAGGUCAUCACUCUCGGAACUCAUUACCCCCUCCUCCCCGGCCCCCAAUCAAACGACGAUGACGACGGCGGAUGCGCCUAUUCAAAGGCGGUUCUCGUUGUCGACAUGGUCUGGAACCUCGCCUUCGUGCUUGUCGCCGCCGCCGUCAUCCUAUCCACGUUCAACGAGCGUCCCUCCACUCCUCUGAGACUUUGGCUCUGUGGCUACGCCUUGGAGUGCGUUCUUCACGUGGCUUUUGUUUACUCUGAAUAUCGCCGUGAUUCCUUCUCUCACACUCCUUACAGCAUUGCGAAGAAGUUAGAGCCUAUGAACACACUGGCAUCAUCUGUUUGGUGGGUUUUUGGAUUUUAUUGGAUUGUUGUCGGUGGCCAACCACUUCUUGAAGAUUCUCCGCGCCUCUACUGGUUAACAGUGGUCUUUCUAGCCUUUGACGUAUUUUUUAUUAUCUUCUGCAUUGGGAUGGCUUGUAUAGUUUUCUUUGCUCUCUUCUGCAUCAUCCCAAUAAUAGCUUUAGCUUAUGCGUUAAGAAUCAGAGAAGGUGCUUCAGAAGAUGAUAUCAGGUCACUUCCUAUGUAUAGAUUUAGUCAGUCAAAUGUAAUGGUUAUGGUUGAUGAUGACAACAACAAGCAGCUUGUCAAACCAAGAAUCGGUUCAUACAAUCAAAGCCAUAUCAGCGAGUUAUCUCUUCAUCCUGAUGAUUCUGAAUGUUGUAUCUGCCUUAGUACAUACGUUGAUGGAACAGAACUGUAUCGGCUACCCUGUACCCACCAUUUUCACUGUGGAUGCAUCAGCCGAUGGCUUCGGACAAAAGCAACUUGCCCGCUCUGCAAAUUUAAUAUUCGAAGAGCCGACACAUUGGUUUAACAUUCUGUUGAUAAAGACUAGACGGCACUGAGGUUAAGUAUUGCUUGAGAGUUACAUGGACAACCAAAGUAAUUGCUAAUCUGCUGACUAGUGUUGGUAUAUAAUAUAUUAGUAGAAAAAGAAAAAAGAAAAAAGAAAUGCCCCACCAUUUCAUCUUAGGAUUUUAGUUUUCAUAAAGGUAUUUUAACUUUUGAAUAUCCUUAAGUUAGUUUAUGAUGGGGUUAUAUGUAUGUAUAUAUUGUGGGGCCAGUCGGGAAGGUCUCCCCCAUAAUUUGUACUUAUAAGGCUAUUACAAAAGGCUAUUACAAAAACAAUUUUCUGUACA